AUGGACUUUGACCCCUACGCAAGCAUGCAGGUUGGAAUGCGGGUGGUCCGUGGGGUGGACUGGAAAUGGAGCAACCAAGACAACGGCGAAGGGAAUGUCGGGACGGUGGUAGAGAUCGGUCGGCAGGGCAGCCCAACCACCCCAGAUAAGACCGUGGUGGUCCAGUGGGACCAAGGAACUCGCACCAACUACCGGACUGGGUUUCAGGGAGCGUACGAUCUUCUUCUGUACGAUAAUGCUCAAAUAGGUAAGUAAAUAACACAGGAAGUUGCCUUAUAAUGAAUUAAGCCACUUGUCCAUCUGUGUCAGUACUAUCUACACCAGUGGGCCUCCAGCUUUUUUCCUCUGGGCCACAUUUCCAGAAUAAAAAUUUCCUUGCCCUGACUUUUUUUUUAUUGAUAAGAAAUACAUUGGAAAACAAAAAGUAGCAGCUCCUGGCAGGCUUUGAUUUGUAAUGGAACACAGGUACUUUAUCAUAUGAUAACGGGACAUCCAGAAAGUAAAAAACAAGGCAGAUACAUAAGAACAUGAAUCAUUCCCAACAUGUAAUAUUGAUUGCCCUUGAACCUUUCUGCCACACUUGCCAUCCUCUCCUGCCACACGCUUUUGAGAACCGCUGGUCUACACUGACUUGCUCUCCAGAGUUUCAGGCAGGUGACAUUUCCACCUCUCCCUGGAGAUGCCGGGAUUGGAACCUGGGACUUUCUGCACUCAAGGCAGAUGCUCUUGCACAGAGCUGCGGCCUUUUCUCGGAACCUAGGAAUCUGCAUCGCUGAGCCACACCAAGCAUUCAUCCAGCAUUGUCUGCACCAGUCAGAGUAAAGAACCUGUGGCCUUCCCCUGGUUGUUGGACUGUUGUAACUCCCAACUGUCCUCUGGCGAUGUUGCUGGCUGGUGACUUGAAAAGCCACAGUUUACCCCCCGGCUGAUCUACACUGGCUGGCUUUGGAGAAGGGUCCUUCCCUGGAAUGAUUUGAGGAUCCUGGGUGCCCAUGCAUUAUUUCAGACACCUCUAACAUAGGGUUACCAGACAUCCCCCGUUUCCAGGGAACAGUCCCCGGAUUUGCGAAUAAGUCCUUGGACAAAUUCCAUCCCCAGAAUGUCCCCAGAUUUCAUUUAAUGUUCCUAGGAAACGCAGUAGCAGCAGUCUCAGCAGCCCGGAGCAGUUGGCUCUGGCUGGCUUCCGGGCUGCCUCCACCUUCCCUGACCCCAGCAACUAAGCUGUGAAGGGAGGCUUCAUGCUGCCUAUCAGAACAGCCUCCCAACUCCUACUUGCAUGCAAGCAGGAGCGGGGCGGGGAUGUCUCAGCUGUGAAGGGAGGCUUCACGGUGCCUAUCCGAGCUUGUGUGCAAGCAGGAGGGGGAAGGGAUCUCUCAGUUAGGCAAUAGGAAGCCUUGCUUCCCAGCUGAGGGAUCCCACCCCCUCCUGCUUGCACGCAAGUAGGAAGGGGAUUGGGGCUGUUUUGAUGGGAAGGGAGGCAUCGUGCUGCCCGAGCCUUGCCACCGCCACUCUCCGCCCUCCUUCUCCACCUUCCUGCCUGACCCACUGUGCACCGCUUCCCCACCACCGAAGAACUAACAACUCAGGGGCUGCCCAGGUUCAUGGAGAAAGGAGAUAGAAGCCUCGGAGGAAGGGGAAACAUGGCGGUUGAGGUCAAGGCGGCGGCCGCCCCUCUGCCACCACCAUCGCUGCAGCAUCAAUGUCCCAAACAUGUAGUAUGUAUAUAUGUAUGUAAUUAAAGUGUCCCCAGAUUCAUUGAAAAAAAUCUGAUAACCUUACUCUAACAUACACACUCUCCUGCUUACUGAAAGCCACACGUGUUAAUAACCUUUCUUCCAUAAGGGAGUUUCUCUAACCCCUUUGAUCUCUUUGGUUGCUGAAGCUGCUGAUGGUGACUCUCGCCUCUUUCUUUCUCUCUCAAUUAGGCGUCCGCCACCCCAACAUCAUCUGCGACUGCUGCAAGAAACACGGGAUCCGCGGGAUGCGGUGGAAAUGCAAGGUCUGCUUCGAUUACGACUUGUGUAUGCAGUGCUACAUGAACAACAAGCAUGACCUCUCCCACGCCUUUGAGCGCUACGAGACUGCUCACUCGCAGCCGUAAGUGAUAGAAUCAGAGAUUUGUUGGGUUGGAAAGGGGUGCCAAGGGUCAUCUAGUCCAACCCCCUGACACUUGCACAUACCCCCGGUGUACAUUGUCUGUAAGCAAAAGAAAUGUUAAUAUAUAGAGAGAUAGAUAACAAGAGGGUGACGUGUUCUUUCUUUUUAGGGCUCGAUUCUAUCCGUACUUGUUUUGCUUCAAGGGGUGGGAAACUGGAAACUGGCAAGCCAAGUAUGGCAUGUGGUAUGAUGCUGGAAAUCCCUUGGGCACAUGUCCAGUGAUAUAUAUUACUUUUGGUUUAAGUUGUUGUCCUCCUCAAUUUUGUAGCUAUCAGAUCCUUGAUAUAUGCAGUUUGCUCAUGUACUUUUAAGUGAUAUUCCUUUAGUAUGGGGAUUAAUGGAAGAACAAGAAAACUGUAUUUUGCUCUAGAUCUCUAAGAGACUUAUACUUGGAGCCUGGAAGGAUAAACACCUAUUGUCUAAUAUGCAGCAGUCUGAGGACCCUGCAGCCUUGGCUACAUCUUGAACAUAUUUCUUAUAAACACCACUUUUAUGUGGAUACCUGUUGGGACAUUUGUACGGCUUCUAUCCAGUGGCAUGUGGUGAAGUUUUUCGUAGGGGAACAGUUAGGGCCAGAGGUACAAGCUUAGCUUGCGAGGGCGAUUUGGGGUGGGUGGGUGAUGUCGUGCCCGUGAGCAUUGCUCCUCCUUCGCUAAGCCAGGCAGAAACCAAAAUGGAAAAGAUUUGUCCGUCCCCAGGUGUGAUGCUUUUGCUUUUAAGAGAACCGAGCUUCUCCAAAACUGAAGCAAGUAGAAAAAGGAUGGGGGGUUGCUUAAGCAAAGGGCUUCCAGGGGUUUUUUCAGUAGACGAUUGCAAUGGUAACUAGGCAACCUACCCUGUUCCCUUUUUAAAAAAACACCCCCCUCCUCUAAUGUUGCUUCCUAAAUUGUAGAGGAGCUGCCAGUGCCACUGUGUGAAGUCCUCGGAGGAGAAUGAAACUCGGGGGUGACUAAUAGUGACUUUUAAGCUUUCUAUGCGUGGAGCAGGAGAGCCGGAUUUGGGCGUGGGGGCGUGGAAUGAAAGAGAGUCAGGGGGCAGGUGCUCAGUGCCGUUGACAGGUUGUCUUCGGAGGGAGGCGUGCAAAAUGUCUGGGGGGAAAGGAAGGAGAUGGGAGUUAUGCGUCCCUAGUUAGGGGCAGGUACCCACUUCCUCCAGCCUCUCACCCCCAUGUCUUGCUCCCAUUCCCCCUCUUGUUCCACCUCGGCCCGCUACCCCACUCCUGAGCCUGGCAACGCCUCAGGACUCAUGAUAGCCACUGUGGUUAGUAGCUAUCGAGAUUCUGGUUUCCUUUAAGCCCGGGUUCCCUGUUACAUCUGAACCACAAAUCUUUAGCUUUUGUGGGUUUGACAAGCCAGGGUAAUAAGGGACAAUCUCUCCACACACACACACACACACACACACACACACACAUUAUCCUGGCUUGUGAUAUGAUGUUAUGCAAGAGUUCUCUGGUCCUGGAGGGGGAAAUGUAGAAGUUUGGCUUAACACAAGCCAGGAUCUGUGUCUCAAAGCUGCUUCCACACCGGGGGGGGGGGAGCGGUGCAGAAAGACAAAAGAGGAGCGCCAAGGGAGGAUUGUGCCACUCAUCUGUGACUUCAUAAACCAUGCUUUAUGAGGCUGUGGACAGACAGUGCGUCACUUUCCCACUGGGGCUUCCAAGGUGAAAAGGAGGAGAAAUCACUUGAAGCGCCUAAGUUUGGAAUCUCUGGUGACUUUUUUGUGCACAAUCAUAAAUCCAACGCAUGGUUUCUUGGUUUCAUUCAGAUAAUGGAUACCUUCCUGUUGAAAAUCCCAACAUGGCCUGCAGAAUGUAUUGAUUCCUUGCAGUGUUGGUUGCCUCCAAGGUGAAAACACUGUGAAGUGUCUCUCUCUCUCUCUCUCUCUCUCUCUCUCUCUCUCUCUCUCGUGUCUUACAAUGAGUAAGAGGUCUGGAAAGCAGUUUUGACGAAGAACAGUUGUGAAAAGCGGGAUAAAGUUAGCACCGGGCAGUAAAGAUUCUGAAGGCAAUAGCUGCCUUCAGAGAUGCCAAAAGUGAAGCAGAAUUGUUCUCUGUUACCACAUGUGGCGAGGGCUUUUAACAUGUUGGCUAGACCGCUAUUCAGGGUUGUAUGUUCUGGGAUUUGAAUCGGCCUCGGACCAUUUGGAGAUUCAGCAGGCGCCUUCUGUCUCAAAUUUUAAAUGCCUGCUGAAAACUUCUCUAUCCCACCAGGGCUAUGCAGGCAAUUCAGAACGUAUCUUUUGACAAUAGGUAGCUGAUGUCUGCUUUUAGUUUUUUAUAUGAUUUUUCAUUGUAUGGUUUUAUACACUGUCGUCUUAAACACCUUUUUUUAAUGAAUAGCGGUAUAUAAAUAUUUUUAUAAGUAAAAUAUAGGCCAGGGCACUUGCAAGACAAUUCCAUAUGCGCGAGAACCCAAUGAAACUGUUGAAGGAGGCAAACUAUAAGGCUCUCAAUAGAGGCAGGAAAUAACUGAAGGCAUCGAAGAAAAAAAUCAAAAGGCAGAGAAAUUAGUAAGAUCGGUACCAUAACUGAGGAAUACUGAUAUUUAAUUAAGAAGGCACCUGGGUGUGAGAACGGCCUUGUCCUUGCAUUUGAGGGUUUUCAAAAGUGUAAAUCAUUUCUAAGUGGCCAUGCCGGUGGGAGCUCUCAAUUCAGUCCGGAGGAUCCAGAUAACAGCUCAAGGCUGCAUGACUUGAAAGGCUAACAAGCUGGAUAAUUUUUGAAUCCUUGUUUUGAGGCCCCUUUAGAGGAGGAGAGGUUUUUUUAUAUCCUUGCAUGUUUAAGGGAUUCCAUCUGGAAGUGACCCUGGGGCCAGAUGAACAUCAUCACUAAAAGUUCAAACCGGUGAUGCCGCUUGGCGAUUUGCACAUCCAGUAUUUUUUACCUAUUGUUUGCCGGCCAAAUAGCUAUUUCAUUAGGGAGGACCUCGGUCCAAAGGUGUUUGGUUACGUUUAAGGCUGUUGAUUUUAUCUGUUUUGUUUUGACUCUUGUGUAUUUUAUGAGCCAUAAAAAGGGGCUUGUGGUCAUUUGGUUGUUCCGCCUCAUCCUGAUUUGAAACCUUUUUGCUUUGGAAGUUAUUAAUUGUUUUUAACUGGUAUUAUAUUUUUAAAAGAUACUUCUCAUAUACUAUAUAGACAUAUCAUAACUAGAACUGCAAAGUCUACCAAACUAAAGCCAGGAGCAAAAUCGUGGCUGUGGGCAGAUGGAAGAGGCUGUUGUCUGAAACCAAAGAGAGCACCUGCCUGUUGCUGUAGAAAAUAUUGAGCUAGAUGGAUGAAUGAUGCAACUCGGUAUAUAGAAGAAUGGUAUAGAAUCCUAAGAGCUGGAAGGGACCACGAGGGUCAUCUAGUCCUUGCAGUGCAGGAAUCUUUAGCCCAACAUGGGUCUUGAACCCACAACCCUGAGAUUAAGAGCCUUGUGAUCUACUGACUCAGCUGUCCUAUGGGAAGGGCUGUAGCUCUGCCUUGCAUGCAGAAGGUUCCCAGGCUGAACCCUGGGCAUCACCAACUAGGGCUUUGAGAGACUCCUGCUGUGAAUCCUGGAGAGGUACUGCAAAUGUAAAUCAUCCUAUAUAUAGAUCCUUCCCACAAGGAAUCCUGGGAGCUAGCUUGGAUUUGUAGCUCUUUGAGGGGUGAACUACAGUUCCCAGGAUACUUUAGGGGAGAGCCACAUGUUUUGAACAUAUGGUGUGGAUGUGACCCCAGUAUCCCUAGGUUCUUUGGAGCAAAGCUGUUGCGCUCCCUGCAAGAAGAAUUCCAUCCCCGGUUUCUGCAAUUGAGAUGAGCCUUUGUUUUAAUUUUAACCUGCUAGGUGGCAAGGUGCUGGAUACUAGAGGCAGAUUGCUUGCUGAUGAGAAGUACAGUAUUUUAAUUUAAUGCAGACCACUUCCACUGUGGGGGAUCAGAGAUGGUCCAGAGAGGUACCAGUGGGGAAUUCCUCCCCGCCCCAAGAAAAUAGCAGCAUCAAGGAGGGACUUUCCUCUGGAGAGGAAAAUGUGAAAUUUUCCCUCUGUGCUGGCUCCAAUCCGGUUAAUUGAGAGCAAUUUGCAUUUUGCAAACCUACAGCCUAGAUGUGAAGACAUAGCUAAUGUCACAGAAACCAGGGGAAAAAAUCUGUUCUCUUUUUUCCAUUCUGAAGAGCCAUUUCACCUUUCUCCAAAUUGCUUGCUCAACGUAUAGCAGCAAACUUUUUCUUCUCCGAACAAGAUCAAUAGUUGCAUUUCUAUCUCUUUUUUCAACCGUUCUAGGCAAAGCACAAAUGAUGCCCCUGGAGACACUAAUGCCGAUUUUCCAGAGACGAUAAAAAGUUUAUUAUCUAUGGCAAACUAGGCUUGCAUCCAUCUAAGUCUGAAAUUGGACCCCACGCACCCUCUUUUCCCCUGAAGACAUUGCAAGUUCAUCUAAUGUCAACCUAACUUUUUGCUGCGCAGUUUUUACAAUCUCUUUAUUCCUUUUGCUGACUGAUAUUGCUCAGGCACUCUCUCUUCUUCUUUAUUUAUUUAACAGAGUUUGUAAAUUGCUAACUGUAGAAUCAUCUGUGUUGUUUCUAUAAAAUAAAAUACAUAUUAAAAUGAUUGGUGAAAGUUCAGAUUACAAGUAUGAUGAGCAAUUUUUGUAAAAAAAAGGGGGGGUUGUAUGCAACAAAGUUCUACUUGGAGUAAACUCAUUCACAUUAAUGGCCCUAAUGUCCAUUACUUUCAGCAGGUCUACUCUGAGUAGGAUUAGUACAGGAUACAACCCUUACAAGGCAAAAAUGCACGUCAACUUUACAUAUCGGGGUAGGCUUGUUUGAACAAGCGCUAAAAGAUGGGUUGCUUAGAAGCGCAGAACAAACAUUAUGUGGCACUUGCUAUCAAUAUGUUUAAAAAUCACUUUUUUCUUCCUGUACCUCCUUACCUACAAAACAGGCAUCUUAAACAAUUGCCAAGAGAAAUGCAAUUCAGUGGUUGGAAACGGAAGGGAUUGCACAUGAUAAAGAGACUGCUACAAAAAAAUAAAACCCUCUGAUAGGAGUCUUAACUAAAAGAUAAAUUCAGAGAUCUGGAAACAAGCUGGCUGCUCAUAUCUCAAAAGAUAUAUUUCUCAGCUAAUCAGAUAGUUAUAUCUCAAGCAAACAGACCUUUAAAGCCCAUUGAGCAAUUAAUUUUUCAUUCCAUAUACACACCCAGGGAACUAUUUUCCAAUACAGUCGUACCUUGGCUCCUGAAUGCCUUGGGAGUCGAAUGUUCCGGUUCCUGAACAAUCGAAAACCGGAAGUGAGUGUUCCGGUUUUCGAAUGUUCUUUUGGAAGCUGAACAUCCGACGGGGCUUCCUCAGCUUUUGAUUGGCUGCAGGAGCUUCCUGCAUUAAAACCCUAUACAGAUGCCAGUAUGCACAUGUGAAAUGUCAUAGGAUAAAUCCUCAAAUUAGUCUGAUGUGCUGGAGAGGUUCUAAACAGAUUGGAUCAUACUACGGCAGGUGAUGGGACUGCAAACGUACACAACCGUUUUUGGAACCAGGUUUUUAUGAGGGUUUCCACUAUUACAAGACACAUAUUGCACCCUGAUUCUUAAGCUUGCUCUCCUAAAUUAUAAGGAUUUUAAUGUUCAAAGACUUGUAAUAUUCCUCACAGCUGUAAGUAGACCUCUAUUAACCCAACACUGGAAAAUGGCUAGGAUAUACAGCACACUGCCCUUAUGGAAAAAAAUUGCAGAACAUCUUGGAUCCUUAAAAAAAUAUGGAAAGUAAAGAUUACUUUUAAACUGUUUGGAACAACUCUUUACCUGGGCUUCUGACACACGAGAUGGUAUAUUUUGGGACCCCCCAUUUCUUUUUAAUUGUUAGUUGCUUUAGUUUUUAAUACUGUGUUUUAAUGUAAUAACCUGCCCUUGACCUUAGGGUAAAGGGUGGGUAAAUAAUAAGUAAUAAUAAGUUGAGAAGAUGCAUUCUUGUUGGUAUUUGUCUGUCUGGAGAGACAAUGGAGUGCGCCUCCAGGGGUGAAGUCAAACCACUGUGUUAGCAGCAACUAAGUGACCCCUUGAGGCACAAGCCUGGGCAGUGUGUAUGGAGGUCCAGGGCUGCCCGGAUGACAAGAUCCCCCCUCUUGGCCUUGCAGAUGUGGUCCAAAGGAAAUCAGAACAAUACAUUUGGCACCAGCUUGACUGCAGGAAACCCACAAGGUGCCAUCCAACCACUUUAGGGACUCCACGCCAGAUUUGUGUAGGGUUUACUUAGGCUUUUCCUUCUCCCAAUUAUGUCCCACAAGGCAGAGGAGGUUUAGGAUCAGAGUUUUCCUUCUCCUAGAUGGGCUAUCUUUCCAGGUUGCUGGACACUGCUUGAACCCUUCUGAAGACGUGUGCAUGCACACAAAAGCUCAUACCAAGAACAAACUUAGUUGGUCUCUAAGGAGGUAAAGGUAAAGGGACUCCUGACCAUUAGGUCCAGUCGUGACCGACUCUGGGGUUGCGGUGCUCAUCUCGCUUUAUUGGCCAAGAGAGCCAAUGUUUGUCCGCAGACAGUUUUUCCAGGUAAUGUGGCCAGCAUGACUAAGCCGCUUCUGGCGAAACCAGAGCAGCGCACGGAAAUGCCAUUUACCUUCCCGCCACACCGGUACCUAUUUAUCUACUUGCACUUUGAUGUGCUUUCGAACUGCUAGAUUGGCAGGAGCAAGGACUGAGCAACGGGAGCUCACCCCGUCUCGGGGAUUCGAACCGCCGACCUUCUGAUCGGCAAGUCCUAGUGCUACUAGACUAUUUUUUUAUUUCUAUAUACAGUCAUACCUCGGGUUGAAGUAGCUUCGGGAUGAGUAUUUUCGGGUUGUACGCUGCGGCAACCCGGAAGUAACGGAGCGCGUGCGCAGAUGGUCAAAAUGACGGCAUGUACGGAUGUGGCGAAUCGCGAGCCGCGCAAAUGCGGAUCAUGUUCGCAUCCAGAGGUACCACUGUAUAUAUUUCUACUGCGUCAGACCAACACGGCUACCUACCUGAAUCUUGAACCCUUCCAGACAGAGCAGGGUAUGUAAGCUGUGAUCCCUCCAAUGACUGGAGCUGAUGGGAGUUGUAGUCCACCGGCAUUUGAAGGGCCAGAGCUCCCCCACCCCUGCAACAGAGAAUUAAUGACACUUUCCCUGCUACGUGCUGUUCUUUCCCGCCUGCAGGAGCCAAGGGACUUCCUUCCCUAAUUUUACAAUGGCAUCGUGGCUGGAGACCAGGCCAGAUCAAUCAGUUAGAAACGGCUGGACUCUGGGCAGAGAACUCCCCAAGUGAGAACUCUCUCGCCUUUUCUUUUGUUUCCUUCUCUGAAAUUUGGCCGGCCUCAUCGCUGCCUCGGUGAUGAUAAUUGGGGAACGCGAACCCAGCCGGGCCUGUCGACCUGAUUCCCAAGCGGAAACAUAGCCAGUGUUGCGUGUUGUGACACUUCUCGAGUAUGUGCCUGGUAGGACUUUAUUUAAAAAAGAAAUGCUUUGAGAAACAGCGUAUGAGCUGGUGAGGUGGAGACUUUAGCUUGUGCCGUGCCCGUUUUGCCAGCAGAAAUCAACAUGCCAAAGAAUCUGUUCUGCCGCCCUGGGCUCCUUCAGCAGGAAGGGUGGGAUAUUAGUCGAGAUAAUAAGAAUAAUAAUGCAAAUAAAUAAACAAACAAACAAGUAAAUAAAUAAGAGGGUCUGAAAGACUCUGAAGUUGGUGUGAUCUUGAUCUUUUAAUGUAAGGUAAAGGUAAAGGGACCCCUGACCAUUAGGUCCAGGCGUGGCCGACUCUGGGGUUGUGACGCUCAUCUCGAUUUAUUGGCAAAGGGAGCCGGCAUACAGCUUCCGGGUCAUGUGGCCAGCAUGACUAAGCCGCUUCUGGCGAACCAGAGCAGUGCACGGAAACACCGUUUACCUUCCCACCAGAGUGAUACCUAUUUAUCUACUUGCACUUUGACGUGCUUUCGAACUGCUAGGUUGGCAGGAGCAGGGACUGAGCAACGGGAGCUCACCCCGUCGUAGGGAUUCGAACCGCCAACCUUCUGAUCAGCAAGUCCUAGGCUCUGUGGUUUAACCCACAGCGCCACCCGCAUCCCUUUUAAUCUUUUAAUGUAGUUCCUUACCUUCUUUUUUCUUGGCUUAGAGCAGAGUUCGGGAAUGUCAAGUUUGAAAACUGCCCUCGAGGCCUUUCUCUCUGGUCCUCAGGACUGUUGCCAGGUGGCACUCCUCACUGGGCCCUUGUUUGCAUCCCCCUGGAGUGUUUUUGCCAGGCUAGUCUUUGCCCUUGAAUACCGAUGAUGCCUCUCGCUUGUCUGGAUGGAGCUGUGUGUGCAACGGUCUCUUAGUGCAGCUAUGUUGGGUAGGGUGGGGUGUGAGACAAGGACCGUGGAAUGGCAGAGUUAAAAGUAUAGAGGCAUUAGUGUGGUAGUAUUGGAGAAGCAUUACUGAACAACUGAUAAAGCGUGGUGGUCCAGGGUAAAUCCACUUCAAAUGUGCUGCUCAUGGAUGAAUGACAGGCUGCUGCAUACACGAUAAAACAGCGGUCUUGAUGAGACCCAGUUCUGUUGAUCUUCUGCUGUGUGUUUUUCAUUGGCCACGGUGGUGUGGAGAGCAGCGUGGAUUUAACAAGGAUCUGCCACAGGUUGCAUUGGGACCUUCCCAUUGCCUCGUCUCCAAGAUCAGUGGGUGGAGGCUUAUUCAGUCUGCCUGCUUGAGAUGAUCCUUUUAUUCUCUCUUGUGGCUGGCCUGAGCCUCCUGGCUCCAAGGUCCCUCUCUUGCCCUUCCUUCUCUCCUUUGGCUGUUAAAUCUGAAUAAAGCUUAAAGGACUGCAUCGGGUGGAUUGCCAAAUUCUAUCCCCCCCCCCCCCCACCGGCAUGGAUACCAGACUUUUCCAUUGAGGCAUCCUCUCCAGAAAGUCAAGGUUAUUGGUUUUUUUGCUCCAUAUGGCAAUGUGUUGAUUAGGAAGCUCUCAGCUGGCUCAAGUAAUAAAACCUGGCUACCUCGGGAGCCAAGGGGACUCAGCUUGCAGAGGCAAGAGGAAGGGAGUUCUGGCCUGUGUUGACUGCUAGAUCAGGGGUGGGCACCCUUUUUGAUGCCCUCUUGCAAUGGGCUGUGUUCAGCAGUUGGUGACCAUACUCCCAGAGCCAGCAGCAUGUGGAGCCAUUCAUUCCCCACUCUGAUUUCUCUCUCUCUCUCUCUCUCUCUCUCUCUCUCUCUCUUUCUCUUCGUCUCUUGCGCUCUCACUCUUGAUGCUGAUUUGUGAUGGAGAUGAAAGUGUGGAGGCAUCCCUGCAAACACUCAUGCUCUCCUCAGCCUGCCAAGCAGCUUUUCGGCCUGAGAGGAAGGUGGUUUUACUUGGAGAGGAAGGUGCACAGGGGUGGACCCUCCCUGAGUUACACUCUCCACCCAGGCAGCAAAGUUCAGUAGGGAGGAGAGAGAAAUUUAGUGGAGGGGUGGGGCGGUGUCUGCAGGUGGUCUUCCAUUGUCCUUCAAGUGCUGUCUGUAUCCUGUGACAGCUAGAGGAACGCAGAAUGUGAUAGUUACAACCGUAGAAUUCACUCCCACAAGAUGCUUGACGGCCGCCGGUUUAGAUGGUUUUGAAAGAGGCGUGGGGCAAUUUCACAGAGCAAUAGAGCUGUGUUUGAGUACCUCCACUCUCAGAGGCAGAAACUCUUCUGAAUACCAGUUGCUGGAAACCACAGGAAGGGAGACCUCUUUUGUGGUCCUCCAGGCUUGCUUGCAGGCUUCCCACAAGCGUUUGGUUGCACACUUUGAGAACAGGAUGCUGGACUCGAUGAGCCACUGGCCUGAUCCUGCAGCCAGGCUCUUCUGAUGUCCUUAUUUGUCCCGACAAGCUUCCACAGAAGCAGGACAGGGCUACUUUUUCUUCCAAGCCCCCGAGAACCAAACAUUAACCUUGAACUGAACCGUCUCUGCUAUCUACCCAGCCACGAAGAAGCCAAGUGAUGCAGCAGGAGCCAAGCGCCUCCUGGAUUUUAAUCUAAUUUGAGUUGUUUUGCUUCCAAAUACCGGAUAACAACCAAGGCUAUUAAAGAGUGCCGCAGACCUCACCCCCCGGGGGGUGCAUUUAAUCGCUGCAAUAUUGCUUUUAAUAACCAUUUUAAUUAAGGCCUUCAUUUUCGAGAUCGGUGCUGACCCAGGGAUUCCAGCUCUGUCAAAUUUCCAGCUGGCCCUUUUGCUGGUCGAGGAUUUAGGAGGAAAUUGCUGUGAAUAAAACGGCAUUGACUGAGGCGGGCAGGGACCCUCCAGGACAAAUUUUGAUCGAGGGGAAUGGGUAGGCCAGAGGCGUUUUUCCUCUCGACUGUGAAUUCUUCUGUGCAAUUUGUUUCUCCACUUGCUUAGGGGGAUGCUGUGUCAGAGGAGAAAAUAUCUUUGGGCAGGGAAGGGCUGAAUUAAAAAAACAACAACCCCAAAUUGCACGCAGAAUUAUGUCUAGUAGCAUGCCCUACUUUACAGAGGACGGUCCUCUGGUUUUGAACCAGUCCAAUACCACAAUGACACUAUACAUUUAAAGCACUAUGAUGCUAUUUUAAAAUAAGUUGGAGGGGAUUGUGUAUGUCCCUGAGCUUCUUGUAGGGAAAAUGUUAUCAGUUUAUUCCAAUUGCGGAAUCCUUUUCAUUUCUUUCUUUUUUUUGAUUGCUGAAUUGAUGUGGCCCUGGUACAGACUUUUAGUACUGGAGACAGGCUGAGCAGGAUUGCCCUCCUUCCUCGCUCUUGGCUCCUAUCACGUUACAAUCUGGAUCACGGAAAGAUACCGAUUAGCCAUCGUGUGUGCAGAUAAACCUGCCCCCUGGUCCUCUCCCCUAAGCACCUUUCCCCAGGCAUGCCACGCCACCGAAGCAAUCCAUUACUGAGCCAAAGUGAGAGCCAAAGGUUAAUUUUAGUGGCACAGUGGGCUGGGUGGCUGCUGGUUCCCAGGCUGCGUCACGGGUUUAUCCGCCCAAGUCUCUGCCGUCUGCUGCCGGGUAUUAAGCAACAGGCUAAGUCAGGGGCUUGGAAGUGUUAUGCCUCUUCUUCCCCCAUUACGGAAGCCACGCAAAUGUGGAAGCGGUUUCAUUAUGGCGGCGGGAGAGUUUUUUGCUUCCUCAACCCCCAGCUGGAAUUCUUGAAGGGCUUGGCCCGAAGUUUCUGCUUAAUCAAAUGCACUUGGUUUGAUUUUGGGACGCGAGGAAUACCGAUCCCGUUAUGGGCAUUGGGAGCUGCUUCAACCGGACGUCAGAUCCCAUCUUCACCAUUGUGUGGGUACCGCGCAGAGACGUAUCCUUGUUGCUUGCCCUCAGCCUCUUGUAGAUUUUAGCUUGACUUUCUGGGGAGGAGGAAGCGUUGGGUUGUAAGUCUCAGUAGUGCAAGCGUUGUUUUGUUUCGGGAAGAAACAUAAAGGUUUGUGUCCUGUUCUAUCCUGCCAUUGAAAUUAUUGGUCAUGGCUAACUUAGGUCCAUUAAUUUUUGUGGGUUAACUCUCAGUAAAACCUAGUGUGGUGUGGUUUGAGUGCACAUUUUAAGAAUAUGCAUUCAUCGUAGUUAUGCUUAGACUAGACCCAGCUGAGUCAUGUCCAUUAGCUUCAGAGGACGCACUUUGCAUAGGACUGUCAUUGGAUUCAACCUGAAACCUUUGCCUCUUGGCUGAAUCUGAUAGUGUGGCGAGACUGAGAUCCGGCCAAACAAGGCUGGUAAGGGGAGUGCCUCCAAGGAGGUCCAACUAUUCUUUCUCAUCUCCCCCAGUGCUGCAUACUCUGACCGGCAGCACCUCUCCAGGGUCUUGGGGAGAGAAAGGUUGUUUUCCAUCAACUGCUUUCUGAGAUCCUUCUAAGCAAGGAAACCAGGAACUGUUGUUGUUGUUGUUGUAUCCUUGAUUUUUAACAACGUGUGUCAAUGACUGUUUCUCCUUUUUAUACUACUUGACUUUUUGUUUGCUGUUCUAAAUGUUUCAGUUACUCUGAUUUUUUAAAUAUACAUUUUGCCGAGAGUGGUUGUAAGCAGAGAAGCAAACUGGCUUUGUUUGUAUGAGCAGCAGGGGAAAUGACAUGGUGUUUUUUCCCCUUUCUUUCCCUCUUGCAGAGUCACUGUGAGCCCACGACAGAACUUGCCACGCAUCGCGUUAAAGGGGACUUUCCAGGGCGCGAAAGUGGUUCGGGGCCCCGACUGGGAAUGGGGUAACCAGGACGGUGAGGUGCUUUUUGCCUUUUAGGGGAGUGGGAGUUGGCUCCUUGUGAUGUGGGCAGAGAAGUUCUAUAUUCCAGACAAGAAGCGAGAUGCUCUUUCCCUCAUGGAUCUGUAGGGAGGGCCUUGGGCAAAUACAUUUCCUUUAAUCUGCAUGGUGGCUUGCGCUCAGCCAAGUUUUACUCAGCGUAGACCUGCUGAAAAUCAAUGGGCCUCAGUAUGUCAGGUCCAUCGAUUCGAAUGGGUCCGCUCUGAAUGAGCGAAAGUUGCACUAGUUCUGUGGAGCCUUGCAAAAUAAAACAAAAAUAACAAACCCUUGAAACUUUGGGCUCUCACACACGUCCCGUUUGCCCCGCCUCUUUCCCCUGGGAAAACCCACGUUUUCCAUGGAUUACUGCCUUCCAGGCGAAAGCAGCAGGGCAAAGGCAAGACUGCAAUUACCCAUGUCUAGAAAGCAUGAGACAAGCAGAAAAUGGUUUGGUCUUGUGCUUUCUAGGCAUGAGAGAAGCAGAACACACCCUGUUGCCUGCAACCCAAAAGGCAUAAUUUAGAUGCAAAUAAUAAUAGCACAGUUAAUACAGGCGCCGAAGAGGAGAGAAACUGGAAGUUGACAAUAUCAGUAUGACGGGGGAUGUCAACACAACCAUGUUCUAAGGCGUGCGGCAGGUACAGUUUGGCCUGCAAGGUCUUUGUUUGUGUGUUGGAUGCUUUUAGUAUUGUGUACCUGUUUGCACCCUGUUAUUAUUUAUUCAGUUUAAAUAACACCCUUUAUCAGAAGAUCCCAGGGCAGUGUACAACAUUAAAAACACAUUACAGAACAUCAAUAAUAAAAACAUAAUUAAAAAAAACAUAAUAACAGAUGGCCUAAUAAUAAAAUAAUCAUCAUAAUAACAGUCCAAUCCCCCACAUUUUCACAGGCCAUAGGCCAUAGGCCUGGGUAAAGAGGAUUUGAAUUAUUAAAUUAAAUAACAAACCAAACAAAUGGUGCACAUAGCUUUAGACAUAACCUGAAAAUAAAUGAAGAAAAUGAUGUCAGGAUACAUUUUCUACUCUGCGUAGGACUAGUAUUGGAGACUAGUGCCCUAAAUUUCGUAAACCCGGUGUGUGAUUGAUUAAAUCUAAGGGCCCGAGCUACAGGGUUGAAUUAUUUCCUCUGCUUAAGGGGGGUGGUGCUGUAAGAAGUGAGUAGCGUGUCAAGAAAAAGACCACACUUUGUCUCUGGAACCUUCUUGCAACUGCUUGCAGUGGGACAAUCUAAGUGAGGGCUACUCAGUGGGCUUUAGAAGAACAGCAGGAGAGUCCCAGUGGAUCAGGCUGAGGGUCUAUCCAGUCCAAUAUCCUAUUUUUGCCCAUUAUGGGAAUCUCAUCAGCAAGGCCAGAAUGCUUGUGGAUCAAUCCCCACUCUCAGCAAACAGUUUCGCUUGGUUCAGGACCCGGUAAACGGUAUAAAAACAGACGGGGUGACGUAUCCAACAAGAUCAUAUCCAGCAAAAUAAAUGGACUUGAGGCAGUCAUGCCCAUUGAUCUCAGUAGGUCUACUCCUGAGUAUGGCUUGGUUGGUUUAACACCCAAAUGUGUUAAUAUUUGCACAACUUAGGCCACUUCCGCACCACACAUUCAAAUCACUGCGAUACCACUUUAACCAUCACGGCUUCCCCCAAAGAAUCUUGGGAGUUGUAGUUUGUUAAGGGUGCUCUGAGCUGUUAGGAGACCCCUAUUUCCUUUACAGACCCGCACUUCUCAGAGUGGUUUGGCAAUUAAACCCUCUUCUCAGGGACGGCUGUGGGCAGAAUUCCUGCAUUGCAGGGAUUGGACGAGAUGAUCCUUGGGGGUCUCAUUCAACUCAUACAAUUCUGUGAUUCUAUUACAGUGGUACCUCGGGUUACAUACAAUUCAGGUUACAUACGCUUCAGUUACAGACUCCGCUAACCCAGAAAUAGUACCUCGGGUUAAGAACUUUGCUUCAGAAUGAGAACAGAAAUCGUGCAGCGGCAGCGCAGCAGCAGCAGGAGGCCCCAUUAGCUAAAGUGGUACCUCAGGCUAAGAACAGUUUCAGGUUAAGAACAGACCUCUGGAACAAAUUAAGUUCUUAACCCAAGGUACCAUUGUAUUCUAACUCUGGGAAUUGUAGUUUUGCGAGUCGUGUAACAACUCUCCACACCCUUAAACUAUAGCUCCCGGGAUUCUUUGGAGGGAGUGUAAGCCAUGACUAUUAAAGGGAUGGAGCACUUUAAACAUAUUUUGCAAAUGCAGCCCGUGUUUGUUUUAUUGCGCGGUUGGAAUUUUGAGAAUCCUCUGCCACGCAAGGAGGCUGGAUUCGAACAGGUUCCCUUUGUGUAUGUGGCCUUAUUACUCCACUCCCCGCACCCCCGAAGGCAGGCGACCUGACAGGACUGGAGACGUGCAGCCACUGGGUCAGACAGGCUCCACUCUUGACCUCUUAAGCUCCCCUUCUCCGGCGAGGGAUUCUUCCUGCCUGCCGUUUCCCAGGGAACUUCUUUCUAAUCUUUGGGGCUUUGUUGCAGUUAGAGCCACGGAAGGUCGUGAUCUGCAGAUGGCCUCACAUAAGCCGUCUCAACCUCCUGGCAAAGAGCUUGAGAUGAAAACCUGCGUGUGUGUGUUACGGAUGGGGGAGAAUGGCUGAAUUGGCACGUUUCAACUGUGCUCUGUUCUUAUCCCUGCGGACAGGUGGCGAAGGCAAAGCCGGGCGUGUGGUUGACAUCCGUGGCUGGGAUGUGGAAACCGGGCGGAGCGUGGCCAGCGUGACGUGGGCCGACGGCACCACAAACGUGUACCGAGUCGGGCACAAGGGGAAAGUGGACCUGAAGUGCGUUGCAGAAGUGACGGGGGGCUUUUACUACAAGGAACAUCUCCCCAGAUUAGGUACGUGUGUGAAACCCUCUCAGGGAAGGGGUGUGUGAAAUUUACGCAUUGAGUACAAUGUAAUUUGCACUGCGGUUGUGCUAAAUGCUGGUCUCUAAUAGCACACUUUGGGGGGUUUUUUGCACCAACUUAGGGAUGUGUUGGGGGAACAAGCUUUCUUUAAAAGCAAAAACAAAACCCACGCACUGAUUUAUGAGCUGAAGAGAAAAUCGGGCUGUUGUUCAUUCUAAUUCCUUUUUUUUAAAUAUAAUUUUUUAUUAGUUUUUUAACAUAUCAUUUUCAACAGUAAUUAAACAUACUUUUACAUCUUAUUCAAAUUUUUUUGAUUUCCAACAAUCCUGUCUGAAAAUUUUCCAAUCUAAUCUCUCAGUAUGCAUUUCUUAUCUUCCCUAUUACAUUUCAAACUCAUAACCAACAUCUCUAUCUUUUUAUACUUUGUAACACUUCGUAUAUUUCUCCUUACAAAACUUCUUGUAGUCCUACUAGCGUAAUUUGUUGAUUACAGUUGUUCAUUCUAAUUCCAAUGCUCCAAACUGUGAGUGCCAUUCAUUUUGUAGCCCGAAUGGCACCACGUGCAGGUUUUGGGGAAUCCAGGGUUUGCAGGAAAAAGGAAAAAGUUCUGAAAAGAGGAGGGUCUCCCUAAAAAAUUAAAAUAACACCCUCUCAAGUAAACAUGGAUUGCUGAGUGAUUUGAGAGUGGGUCAGAGAGGAGGGGAGUGGAAUUGAACAGCAGCAGCUCCUACAUGCAGCAUUUUUUGCCUCUGGUCUUGCUUUUAGAGAUUGCCCAUCUACCCCAGGAUUUAGUUUGUUGUCUGAACGCACUCAAGAUGUAAAAUUGUGCAUUCCGCUGUCGGCAGCUGCUCUUUCUCUCUCUUUCUGCAGGUAAGCCGGCCGAGUUGCAGAAGAAAGAGAGCACUGAAAGGCACCCGUUCCAGCAUGGGGACAAAGUGAAAUGCCUUUUGGACAUCGACAUCUUACGAGAGAUGCAGGAAGGGCACGGGGGAUGGAACCCGAAAAUGGCUGAGGUAGGGGACCGCAUUUUUUUAAAAAAAAGAAUUUGGGGGGGUGGGGCUUUAAACUGGGAGGAGGUCCAAAAACUCCAGGGGGAUUGAGCAUGCUCAGUGGCCACAGAAUUGUGAUUGACUGUUGGUUGGCGAAGAAUGGAACAGAAUCCUAGACAGGGAGGUCUCCACGCUGCAACAUUUUGUUGCCGUUCUCAUUUGUGCUAUCCAUUUUUUAAAUAAUAUAUUUUCUACUGCUGCAGGAGUUUGUAUUCAGCUAAGCCAGUGCAGUAUAGUGGUUAGAGUCCUGGAUUGGAUCUAGGAGGAGACAAGGGUUCAUAUCCCCACUCCACCAUGAAACCUGCUGGAUAAACUUGGGCUAGUCAGUCUCUCUCAGCCUAACCUAUCUAUAGAAUGUAAAUCUGAAGAAGAAGAAGAAGAAGAAGAAGAAGAAGAAGAAGAAGAAGAAGAAGAAGUUGUUGCACAUGGGGUAGACCCAUUGAAAGCAUUGGACCCAAGUUAAUUUCAGUGGACCUGAUCUGAGUAGGAUUAACAUUGCAUACAACUGAAGGAGUGAUCCGAUGUGCCAGUGUGGUGUAGUGGUUAAGAGCGGUAGUCUCGUAAUCUGGGGAACCGGGUUCGCGUCUCCGCUCCUCCACAUGCAGCUGCUGGGUGACCUUGGGCUAGUCACACUUCACUGAAGUCUCUCGGCCCCACUCACCUCACAGAGUGUUUGUUGUGGGAGAGGAAGGGAAAGGAGAAUGUUAGCCGCUUUGAGACUCCUUAAAGGGAGUGAAAGGCGGGAUAUCAAAUCCAAACUCUUCUUCUUCUUCUUCUUCUUCUCCUGUUAGUGUGCUACCAAAGCUUACUGUUCCCGUUGUGCGUGCGGGUGUAAGAGAAAAUUAUAUGUGCUUAUAUGAGAAUAUUAAUGUUUCAUGUUACUUUUUAAUGGAAUAAUAUGCAGGCGAGACUCAAUGUACAUGGGGGUUACAUUCAAAAUCCAAAUCGUGUAUAGUCAAAAUCCAUUGGGUUCAAUGGCAGGCAGGAUUCAUAGAGUCAUAGAAUCAUAGAGUUGGAAGAGACCACAAGGGCCAUCGAGUCCAACCCCCUGCCAAGCAGGAAACACCAUUAGAGCACUCCUGACAUAUGGUUGUCAAGCCUCUGCUUAAAGACCUCCAAAGAAGGAGACUCCACCACACUCCUUGGCAGCAAAUUCCACUGUCGAACAGCUCUUACUGUCAGGAAGUUCUUCCUAAUGUUUAGGUGGAAUCUUCUUUCUUGUAGUUUGGAUCCAUUGCUCCGUGUCCGCUUCUCUGGAGCAGCAGAAAACAACCUUUCUCCCUCCUCUAUGUGACAUCCUUUUAUAUAUUUGAACAUGGCUAUCAUGCCAAAGUCUUUUUUCCCAGAAGCUUGCCCCCUGUCCACCCCCUUGGUUUUUUGGUUUUUGUGUGUGUGUCGAGUGUUUAAAGGUGAAUGCACGCAAGUUAAAUGCGGGUAAGUCACUUGGAGACUUUGAUCACCAUUCGCCAGCAAAAGAUAAAUCUUAAGAAAUAAUAAUAACUGUUUGUGUUUUAUAAUAAUAAUAAUAAUAACUUGUGUUUUAAACAUCUGUUGCUUUGAUCCAUGAAUAUUAUUCUGGCCAUGGACUUUAGCAAUGAAUAUUUCAGCAGUUUGAAAAUGUAUUUGUGAGCGAGGAGGGGCUACUGGCUUGCUGCAGGGGAGGCGUCCGAUGGUAAAAGCUCGCAUUUCUUGCUUUCAAAUGACAACCUUUAAUUUUCUCUCUCCUCAUCUCCCCGCUCCUCCCCAAUACUUCUCCGUUCCUUUCCUUCCAAAGUUCAUUGGCCAAACAGGAACUGUCCACAGAAUCACAGACAGAGGAGACGUCAGAGUCCAGUUCAAUAGCGAUACCCGUUGGACGUUCCAUCCAGGUGCUCUGACCAAGGUGAGUGCGGCUGACGCAUCCUGGCGAUGGAUCUAAAAAUUGUGCCGUAGUUCAUAGACGGAUUGGGGGGAGGGGAAGGAGAGGGAAUAGAAGAAGACCCUAUUAGCAGGAGAAUAACAUUUGUUGGUUGAUGUAUUAUUAGGGGUUGCUGCAACAUGUCACUGACGCAAUAGCAGUACAUUAGUGGUGAAUUUAUACUGGACUGUCCACAUGUCCUUUUGCUUUAUUAGUUGUUCCAUGAUGCUUCCCCAAAGUCACUAUGUUAUUGCCCCCGCAGAUCUUUGUUUUGUCCCAGCAAGUGUAUAUCUCAGUGAGUUAUCAAGAAUUGGUCAUUGUCACAUUCGUGGACAGUUGUCAACAAAUCCUUCCCCCUGCCCAAGUGACACAUGUGAAGCUGUGUAGAGAUACACCGAUAAGAUGUUGGCAGUUGCUGAAUUCUGACGUUCAGCGUUUGCUUGCUGUUGUGUGGAAGGAGUGGGGAGAAAGGCGAUCUGCUUUCUCUCUGGCUGUCCUUGGCUCCAGCACAAGUUCUGACAAGCAACUCUCUUUGUCAGCGGCAGUUCUGAGUGCCUUGCUCUUGAUAAGGGGUACUCCCGAAGCACUCUCUCCCGCACACCAGAUCCAGGAACAUCGUAAGUGACAAUGUCCUGGCCAGGGCAGCUCCUGGCACACAGCUUGAGUCUUGAUGGCAGAUUCCUAGUGAGAGGGUGCUCGAUGGCAUUACCCUCCUCCCUUGCCAAUGUCAGUGGCAGUUGUGGCUGUCUCACCCUCCCCACCAGAAGCCCUUUGUUAAUCAAAGUGAAGUUUAAUCAGUUGCUCGAUUAAAGGAACAAGAAACACAUGAUCGAAGGAAAAAGCUGGCUACCUGUUGUUGUUUUGUAAGCAAUGGAGAUGUUCAUGGAAGAGCAGCCCCGUUCCUGUUUGAACAAGGGUAGUCUCUAUUUUGCUUUAGUUUCUAUUGAGUAUAUUGCUCAAGAACUUGGAUGGGGGGGCCACAACCCCCCUAUCUGUUGCUGUAAACUCCAGCUCCCAUGACCCAUCAUUAGUUCUGACCAUUGGUCAUGCUGGCUGGGGCUGGCUGAUGCUGGGAAUCCAACAGCAUCUGGAGGGCCAAAUCUUGUUCCCAAUCCCUGGUCUUUAAGAGAACCUAAACACAUGUCCAUUUAAAGCACACAGCGUAAAGAGAAAACAGGAGGUCCCCUCACGCAGAAAUCAACUAACUUCACUUCCUUUAAUUUAAAGGGCAUAUGUUUGUCUGAGAUGGGGGGGGGAUGGGACCCACAUACAGGGAUCUAUAAACAAUGUUAAGAAAUGGUAGAUACUAGGAGCCUCUCACCUAGCGUUCCUUGGGAAUUAUAAGAAACCACCAGAUCUGUGCAGUUUUGAAAACGGUGGUUGAAACUGAGGCAGCUUUGAAAGGUUCAGUGAGUCCGCCAUCUUGAUUCAAAAUGGUGUCCACAAAAAACCCACUGUGGAGGCAAGUCUGGAGGGCCCGUGACUGGGUUAAAAGGCCCUACGAAUGUUUGCCAAAAUCUUACCCAGGGACGGUCACCGCCACCAUCCUGCAUCUCCGCGGUUAAUGCUUGAUGAAUUUAGCUGUCUAUAAAAUAUAAUAACAAUAAUUAAUAAUAGUACUUACAUAAUUAUUUGUACCCCAUCCAUCUGGGUUGCUCCAGCCGCUUUGGGCAGCUGUGUAUAUUAUAUUAUUUUAUAAUAUAAAAUAUAUUCUAUAUCUCUCUCUCUCUCUUUCUUUCCUAUGAUUCCUUUCUCCCCCACGCACCGAAAAGAAAAAAGCUUCUGAUUUUCUUUUUCCUUGUAGCUCAACACCUUUUGGGUUGAUGAUGUUGUCCGGGUGAUAGAUGAUAUGGAAAGAAUCAAGCAGUUGCAAGCUGGUCACGGGGAGUGGACUGAUGAAAUGACCCCUGUGAGUGUCCUUCUAUUCCAAGACAGCGCAGUUACUUAAAACAAUCCAGUCCAUGCUUUUCCGCUCUCCCCUCUCCCCUGGUGUGUUAAAAUUCGAAUGCAGCUCUCUGAAAUUUUAACAGCUGCCACCAUGUUUUAAACAAGAGCAGUGAGGGCUGAUGGACCAGUAGGGGAAGGGCUCACUGGUAGAUCAUCCGCUUUGCAUGCAGGAGGUCCCAAGUUCAGUCCCUGGCAUCACUGGGAGAGGCAGCUGUCUGAAACCCUGGAGAGCUGCUGCCAGACAGUGCAGACAGUACUGAGUUAGGCAGCUUCCAGAGUUCCUAACAUCAGCUCUGCCCACUGAUUGGCUUCUGCCCAAGCUGACCCCGGCAAAGGGGUCUUCAAUCCCAUCUUGCCCACUACAAAAUCUUUGCCUUAUUAUGUCCCCCGGCCAGUGCGGUAUAGUGGUUAGAGCAGUGGGGGCCAAACUUGGCCCUCCAGCUGUUUUUGGACUACAACUCCCAUCAUCCCUAGCCAACAGGACCAGUGGUCAGGGAUGAUGGGAAUUGUAGUCCCAAAACAGCUGUAGGGCCAAGUUUUGCCACUACGGGGUUAGAGGGUCAGGCUAACACCUGGGAGAUCAGGGUUCAAAUCCCCACUCAGCCAUGAAGCUCACUUGGGCCAGUCACUGCUUCUCAGCCUAUCCUACCUCACAGGGUUGUUGUGGGGAUUAAAUGAGGAGGUGGGGGGAACCUCAUAUGCCAGCUUGAGCAUCUUGGAGAAAUUAGGUGGGAUAUAAAUGAAACGAAAUAAAUAAAACACUGUUUCCCAGCUGACACACAAGCAAAGGAGAAGAAGCAUUCAGUGCUCACUUCCUGCACACAAAAUAUUUUUGGAUGCAACAUUUUAUUUUGUUAAUUCAGGAGACAUGUUCAUAUUUCCUCAGAGGUAUGUCCCACUUUGUUCAGUGAGGCUUACUCCCUAGUGAGUGGGUUUCUUUUUUUCUUUUUUAGGAUUGCAGCCUGACUUGAUUAAUUGGUUUGAUAAAUGAAUUUUUUAAAAAACCUCCAAAGUAUACAUUGCAUACAAUUUCUUUACUUUGUUUAGCAAGGCUUGCUCCCUAGUCAACAGUCUCAUGGUCAAGUGAACAAUAUAUACAUUUUGUAAAUGAAUCAUAAAAUGUCAAUGUGGUGGUGUCGUUUUUUAAAAAAGGAUUACAGCCUUGCUCAAAUGAUUAGAAUAAAUCCAUUUUUUUUAAAAACUCCAAAGCCUUCAUUAGGACAUCUAAAAUCAAAGAAUGAUUUCUCCCCCCUCUCUCUUUUCAUUUGUAUGCAGGAUUUUGAGUUGUGUGCAGAUUCACUGCAUUCGUUUUUAAUUGAUUGGAUCGCUGAUUCAUUCAGCAAGACAUUUUAGAAACCUGGUAACAGCCCUAAAGGGGGAAGCAUUCAAAAAUAUGACCAGUAUCUCACAUUCAACCCACAAAUCGUGACUUGUUCCACCCUUCUUGAGUUUUUGCACAGCCAGUAUAUUAUUCCAUAGCGCUUCAUGGUUUUGUUUUUUUCUGAGAAGGAGCUGAAUGACACACAUACCCUUUUUAAAAGCACCUGACUUCUCCUUGCAUUAAGGCUUUGCUGUCUUGGAAUCCCAUGUCCCAGGUGUGGGGGACCUUUGGCCCUCCAUAUUGCUGAACUGCCAGCUCCCAUCAUCCCUCUGACCAUUGUUCAAGCUUGCUAGGGCUGAUGGGAGUUGUAGUUCAGCAGCAACUGAAGGUUCCCCACACCUGCUAUAUAUUGCUCAGUGGCUAUGGAAUUUUGACUUGACAGUUGUGGGGAGGGGCGAUGGAAUGGUAUAUCCUGGAAAGGGGCAUGGCUGGCCAGCCAGUGAAAUGGAUGACACAUUCUUCAAAAGGACAUGGCUGGCUGGAGACAGGAGUACUCCACAAUGUAAUGUUCUGCUGCUUUUCUUACUUAGACAGAACAACAAGGAGUUUUUCCCCUCACCCCUCACGUUUCAAUUUUCCCUUUCCCUUUGCAGACCCUGGGACACAUUGGCAAGGUGAUCAAAGUGUUUGGAGAUGGGGACUUGCGGGUGUCUUUUGCAGGCCAGUCCUGGACCUUCAACCCCGCUUGCCUGACGGCCUACCAGAGGGAGGAAGAUGCAAACCUCAUGACCACCGAAGAUGCCAAGGAAUCUAAAAGUGAGGAGUCUGAAAGGAAAGCCGUAGCCAGCUUAGGAGGGAGGGGGAAAGCCUUUUAAUAAUCUGUACAGUGGUACCUCGGGUUACAUACGCUUCAGGUUACAGACUCCUCUAACCCAGAAAUAGUACCUCGGGUUAAGAACUUUGCUUCAGGAUGAGAACAGAAAUCGUGCUCUGGUGGCGCGGCGGCGGCAGCAGGAGGCCCCAUAGGCUAAAGUGGUGCUUCAGGUUAAGAACAGUUUCACGUUAAGAACGGACCUCCGGAAUGAAUUAAGUACGUAACCAGAGGUACCACUGUACUUUUCUGUCUAUAAAACGCCCCCUAAUUGAGGGGCUCAAAUUUAAGAAAAUGGGGGGGAGAUGGCACAGAGUUGUUGAGCUUUUUGGGGGGAGGGAAUAUCCACGGUUGUUGAGCAAUUGGGGGGGAGGGGAUGUGGAACUGAAUAUCACUCACCCAGCUGGCAAACGCCUACAAUUGCAAGCGACGCACGCCAAAUUGCCAAAGCGGAAGCCAAUCCAAAGCAGCCCUUGCUGCAUGGAAAAGUACGUUAAUUGGAGGAGUAUUUCCCAUCUCUCCAAACAGGCACGCUGCUCUCUGUGCUGGGAAGGCUGCUGACCCAAAAGAUGGAAGCGGACAGCCCGGGGCGGCUGGUCAUAGAGGCUGCACAUGGAAAUGCAUCCAAGGUCCGGGAACUGGUUCAGAAAUAUCCUGACAAGGCAAGUCGUCUCUGGCAACGGGGCAGAUAUUGUAUUUUUUAAAUGUCUUAAAACUUUGUGUGUGUGUGUGUGUUCAAAUUUGUUUUCAAAGUAUUUAUUUAUUAAAAAAUAAUCGCUGGGUUACAGCAAAACCUAGCCCUACUCAUAGCAGAACCCAUUGAAAUCAGAGUGGCUCCUAGGAUCAGAAGCGGCAAUGCCUCUUCGUUACCAUUCGCUCAAAACAGCAGGAGGAGGAGAGAGGUCUUUUCCUAUCGCAAAAUUUAUGUACCACUUUAUUGUGUUUAAAAAAAAAAGAGUUUUGAAGCAGUUUACAAAAGGAUAAAGCAAUAAAAAUUAUUGGUGAAAACAAUUAAAAUAACAAUUAAAAAAAUGCAGGUAGGCAAAUUAAGGCCCGGGGGCCAGAUCCGGCCAAUUGCCUUCUAAAUCUGGUCCACGGACAAUCCGGGAAUCAGUGUGUUUUUACAUGAGUAGAAUGUGUGCUUUUAUUUAAAAUUCAUCUCUGGGUUAUUUGUGGGGCAUAGGAAUUCGUUCAUUCCCCCCCCCCAAAAAAAAUAGUCCAGCCCCCCACAAGGUUUGAGGGACAGUGGACCGGCCCCCUGCUGAAAAAGUUUGCUGACCCCUGGACAUUAAAAAAACAACAACCCAAUAAUGGGUUGAAUCCAGUUAUGAGAUGUAAAUACAAACAACAGUAAGAACCUAAGUAGAGCCCUGCCGGUAGAUUAGGCUAAAGGUCCACCUGGUCCAGCAUCCUUUUCUCACAGAUACCAGCCGGAUGCCUUCAGGGAAGCCUGCAAAUGCCACAGCCACACUCUCCCCAGUUGAUUCCCAGGAACUGUGGUAGUCAGGGGAACUUGCGGAGACUUUUUAGCAAAGCAGCACCAGCAAUUUAGAACACCGUUCCCCUUGAAACCAGACAGAGACACCUGCACUUCUGCUAUUUCGUCACCUGCAGUAAACUUCUAAUUACCGUAUUUUUUGCUCUAUAAGACUCACUUUUUCCCUCCUAAAAAGUAAGGGGAAAUGCAUCUUAUGGAGUGAAUGCAGGCUGCGCAGCUAGCCCAGAAGCCAGAACAGCAAGAGGGAUUGCUGCUUUCAUUGCACAGCGAUCCCGCUUGCUGUUCUGGCUUCUGAGAUUCAGAAUAUUUUUUUUCUUGUUUUCCUCCUCCAAAAACUAGGUGCGUCUUGUGGUCUGGUGCGUCUUAUAGAGCGAAAAAUACGGUAAAUUUUAGGGAAUUACGGUAAUUUGAUUCAGGGUCAUUCACCUUGUUUUGUAAAUUUAUUGGUCUUCAUAAUUUUGUGGUUUUUAUGUUGCUGUUGCUUUGAGUUGGCUGUUUAUCGACCUUCUUUUUGAAUAAAUGAAACGAUGACCCUACCUUUUCUCAUCAGGUCGAUGUCAAAAACCAAGGCAGGACAGCCUUGCAAGUGGCCUCUUACCUGGGACAGGUGGAAGUGGUGAAGAUGCUGUUGCAGGCCCAUGCCAACAUCAACCUGUGGGACGAGGAAGGAGACACGGCUCUACAUUACGCAGCAUUUGGGUAGGUGGGGACCCCUGAGAACAGCUGUCACUCUUCCCCCCCCCUUUUUUUUCAUUUUAUUUAUUUAUUAACAUUCUUAUAUUACAUCGGUAAACAUUGUCAUAUUACAUUACAGGACUUACUAUAAUAUACCGUAUUUUUUGCUCUAUAAGACUCACUUUUUCCCUCCUAAAAAGUAAGGGGAAAUGUGUGUGCGUCUUAUGGAGUGAAUGCAGGCUGCACAGCUAUCCCAGAAGCCAGAACAGCAAGAGGGAUUGCUGCUUUCACUGCGCAGCGAUCCCUCUUGCUGUUCUGGCUUCCGAGAUUCAGAAUAUUUUUUUUCUUGUUUUCCUCCUCCAAAAAGUAGGUGCGUCUUGCGGUCUGGUGCGUCUUAUAGAGCGAAAAAUACGGUAAUUUCCAACAUGUAUACAAAAAUUAUAUACAAAUUUUAUAUACCUAAAAAGAAAAUGAAACAAAAAAAAAAGAACAAGGGAAAAAACCAAAAACAUUUUUUCCCAAAAAUCAUAUACAUACCAACACACUAGACUUCCCGUCUUUCCCGUUGUAUAUUCCUUUUAUACAAAUAAAUGUACUCUUAUUGUUGUAUAUUUCUUUACAUAUUAUCUAAUACAUUCCUAUAUCAAUAUGUGCUCUUAGUCGUAUUUCUCAACUCAGUCUCACUCCAACGUCAAUCAAAUGCUAGCAUAGAUAGCGAACCUUUACUGUAUUUUUGAACAUAUGUUUUAUAUCUAUCCCACUUUUCCAUAAAUUUUUGUUUUGAAUUGCCUCUCAGGGUAUUUGUUAACUGCGCCAUUUCAGCAAAUUCUUGUAGCUUGCACUGCCAGUCCGUUAUUGUCGGGGCUUCUUGUUCCUUCCACCCCUUUGCCACCAAAGUCCGAGCUGCGGCCGUUGCGUAUAAGAAUACCUCCCUAAAGGCCUUUGGAAUGUCCCUGCCAACAAUGCUUAACAGAAAUGCCUCUGGUCUUUUUAAAAAAGUUAUUCCAAACAUUUUUUUCAACUCCUCGUAAAUUAAGCCCCAGAACACUUUGAUCUUCCUACAUGGCCACCACAUAUGAUACAUGUCACCAUUACUCCCACCACACCUCCAACAAGUAUUCGCUAAUUUUUUAUACAUCUUCGAUAGUCUUGAGGGGGUGAGAUACCAUCUGUGCUGCCUAGUCCAAUGGAAGUUGGUCCACCAUGUGGCACUGCCUGCCUUCUUACUUACAACCAAUCAGGGUGCAGCUCUGUCUGGCUUUGCUCUGGCUCUGGCUCCCAUUGGUCUACCUGCCUUCCUCCCUGUCAACUUCAGAGGGAACCAGCCACCACUGACUUAAGACCCCUGGACUUAACCCCUGAGGAAUAAAUGUUUGUAAUAGGAAUCUAGGAACAGCUCCAAAAAGUUCUUCUAAGUCCUCCUUGCCGAUCACAGCAGGCCUAGUUCUAAUAAUAGCCUGUUCUAUUUAUAUACACCCUGUUUUCCUCAAAUCGGAAAAAGCCUAAAUAUGGCAGUACAAUUUAUUUAUUUGAAACUGCUUUUGUAGGGUGAUUCAGAGUAGACCCACUGAAGUUAAUAGGUGCAACCAACAUGGGUUCAGCCAUUUCAAUGGGUCUGCUCCAAGGAGUACUUCAAUGUACGCUUUUUUCUUGCAUUGUAAAAUUGCUUUGAGAUGCUUCAGAGUGUGAGACAGCUUUCUGUGUCUUAAGGCAGAGGUUUUCAAAGGUUGUGGCAGGAGGGAAUGCCAAGCGUGGCAGGAGGGAAUGCCAAGCGUGGCAGGAAGAUUCAAGGACAAUCAAAGAAACAUUUAAACAUUUCAGUGUUGCUACACUGAUAGGUAUCAAAAUAAUUCUUUUUAAUUUGCAGAAUAUGGAUAGCUAUAUUUUCAAAAUGAGAGCGGGGGCAUUGGCUACUCUUUUACAGUUCUCCACGACAUACAGUGGUGCCUCGCAAGACAAAAUUAAUCCGUUCCGCGAGUGUCUUCGUCUAGUGGUUUUUUCGUCUUGCGAAGCAACCCUAUUAGCGGCUUAACGGAUUAGCGCUAUUAGCGGUUUAGCGGCUAUUAAAGGCUUAGCGGAUUAGCUGCUAAAAGGCUAUUAAAGGCUUAGCAGCUUAGAUAAAAGGGGGGGGAAGUGAAAAAAAAAUCUUAAGACUCGCAAGACAUUUUCGUCUUGCGAAGCAAGCCCAUAGGGGAAUUCGUCCUGCGAAGCAACUCCAAAACGGAAAACCCUUUCGUCUAGCGGUUUUUCCGUCUUGCGAGGCAUUCGUCUUGCGGGGCACCACUGUACUGUUGUGAACAGGGAUUUUCAACUCUGAUCAAUAGGAAAGAUCAGAAAAGAGAGAGGCUUCUUCGUGUUGAUAAGGAGAUGAGAGUUUGUCUCAAAUUAGACCUAAUAUAAAUGAGCAAAACAAGCUUACACCUCUUCUUGAUUUUGUAUACAUAUUUAAGGUACAGACUCGUUUAGAAUUAUACUUUGGGAAUGAUUUGUGCUCUUGUUUUAUACUUUCUGGAUGCCCCAUGUUCAUAUUAUAAAGUAGUUGUGUUCUGUGUUAUAAAUAAUGCACUGCUAGGAGUUUUCUUGUUUUCCAAUGUAUUCCUUAUCAAUUAAAAAUAAGUGCGGUGGGAGCAAAUUUUUAUUCUGAAACUGUGACCCAGAGAAAAAAGUUUGAGAACCACCGUCUUUUUAUAUAUAUAUUAUUUAUGAUUUUCAAUUUCAUACAUUUCAAUAAAUUUACCAUCCUUUUAACAUUUCAAAACUUGAGUUCCCCCUCUUUAUGCUUUUCCUUAAAUUUAUUCUUAAUAUUUUCUGCAUAUCCAAAUUAACUUAGUUUGCUCAUUUAUUCAUCAACUUUAAAUAUAUACUCUUAUAAAACUGCAGGUUAUUACAAUAAUCCUGCAAUGUUCUUAUCUGUUUACAGUCUGUCUGUAAAUAUUCCACAAACCAUUUCCAUUGUUUUAUAAAACGUUUGUUAUCUUGAUUUCUUAUUUUUCCGGUAAGUUUUGCCAUUGCUGCAUCUUCCAUAAGUUUUUGUAUCCAUCUGAGAACCACUGUCUUAAGGGAAGGGCUGUAUCUCAGAGCAAGGGUGUUUGACGGUCCCACGUUCAGUCCCAGCAAUUUCCCAGGGGGAGAUGCCUGCAUGAAACCCUAGAGAGCUGCUGCCCGUCAGUGCAGACAAUAUUGAACCGUAUGGAACAAUGAUCUGCCUCAGCAGAAGGCAGCUUUCGGUGUUCCUCAACAUCUGUGGUCUGCCACUCUUUCCUCUUGACUUUUCACCCCUCUCGCUGUCCAGGAACCAAGCAGACGUAGCCCGCUUCCUGGUCAGCAAAGGGGCCAACGGCGAUCUCCGGAACAACGCCAAGUGCACAGCCCUGUACAUUGCCGUCAACAAAGGCUUCACGGAGGUCGUACAGGCUCUGUGCGAGCACAACUGCGACGUCAACCUGCCGGUGGGUUUUGUUUUGUUUUUUUCAUCUUUGCAUUUGCAUUCUGACUCAUGGAAUCAUAGAAUUAUAUUGAGUUGGAAGGGACCCUGGUGCAGGAAAUUUGCAGCUGCCCCACGUGGGGAUCGAACCUGUGACCUUGGUGUUAUCAGUACCACGCUCUAGCCAACUGAGCUGGUUGGGGGGAGGCAUGUUGUGUUGUGCCCAUCAGUGAAGUGGAGAUGAUCUGAGAGCUAACAGGCAAGGGCAUUAUGGAUUGAAAGUGGUUGGCACCUGCAGUGAUAGUAGCUAGCUUAGAGGACAUCAACAGGGGUUUAGGCACAUUGAUGGAGGGGAAGGCUGUCAUUGGCUGCUGCUCAGGACAUUAAUGGUGUCCCUGAAUUCAAGCUGCCGGGAAUCUUGGAGUGUGGGAAGAGCUGUUGUGCCCGGGUCCUGCUUGCAGGCUUCCUGUUGGCGUCUGUUGAGAACAGGAUGCUGGACUUAGAUGGGCCUUUGACUGGAUCCAGCAGCCGGGGGAUCUUCUUGUGUUCUUCUUAUUCACUGUACUCUCCCUGAGUGGCUUUGAAAAGGGGUGAUGGGUAAAUUCACAGAGGAUCAGUCUAUCAGCGGCUGCUAGCCACGAUGUCUCUGUUUUACCCUCCCCUCUUGGAGACACCUGACAGAGAUUUUGUGUACCAUCCCACCUGUCCCCCUCAAGGAUUCAUACGGCGACACCCCCCUCCAUUACGCCAUCACGGCCGACUUCAAGUGCAUCAUCGAAGCCCUCACCGAAGUCCCCAACAUCGAUUUCACCAUCCAGAACCAACAAGGAUUCAAUCUGUUGCAGCAUUCGGCUCUGAAGGGGAACAAGCUGUAAGCAAAAGAGUGAAAUGAACUGAAGCAAUUUUAAAAAAUUAUUUAUUCAUUUCCCACAAUUUUUAUAUACGUACGUAAAAUGUUAUCCAUCGCAAGUCACUUAAGCAUAGUGACAAUGGGGAGCUAUGAACAAACUGCAUUAGGUGACAUUUUUCCUCAAAGCGAUAUAUAUGCUUUAAAUUACGGUCGUACCUCAGAAGUCGAACAAAAUCUGUUCUGGAAGUCUGUUUGACUUCUAAAACAUUCGGGAACCAAGGCGCAGCUUCCGAUUGGCUGCAGGAAGUGCAGGGGUGGGCUCUGAGCUCUGAUAAAACCUCUUCCUUGCCUGGAGGGAGGAUAGAGAGUGUGUUCAAGCAGGCCUACCUCCCAUGCACAGGUAAAAUUGGCAUUUGCUGCCCUGCCCAUUUUUGCCUCUGGCCCCGCCCACCACUGCCAUGUGGGCAUCCAGGAAGGUUGUUCAGAGAGGAAUGCAGCCGCUCAGGAAAGGUUUCCCCCAUUAAGGCUGCUGAGCCACAGCAGUUCCUAAAUCAGUGUUCCCUGAACUUGGGUCUCCAGCUGUUUUUGAACUUCAGUUCCCAUCAUCCCUGACCACUGGUCCAGCUAGCUAGAGAUGAUGGGAGUUGCAGUCCAGAAACAGCUGGAGACCCAAGUUUGGGAAACACUGUUUUAAAUAAUAUUUCCCCUCCUUUUAGACUUGAGCGUAGGGAAUAUUUUCUCUUCCGGAUGUUGCUGAACUACAACUCCCAUCAGCCCCAGAAAACAUGACCAAUAAUCAGGGGUUAUGAGAGCUGUCAUUCAUGCUUUUCUGCCUCUCAUUUUUCUGCUUGUUGGACUGUGUCACUUCCAGCAGCCACCAUUUAGGCCACUAGUUAGGCCACCAUUUAGUAACCACUGAUUUGGCAAUGCAUGCUUGCCCUUUGAGACAUCCGAUGCCCUAGACAUGCUCUCUCUUUUUUCUUUUCUCCUUCCCCUCCCACCCCGCUUGGCUCUGAUCUUUCCCACCUCCCAGAGCCAUCAAGAAGAUCCUGGCAAGAGCCCGGCAGCUGGUAGACGCUAAGAAGGAAGAUGGCUUCACCGCCCUGCAUCUCGCCGCCUUGAACAACCACAAGGAGGUGGCGGAGAUCUUAAUCAAAGAGGUAAGCAGCAAGGAAAUCAAGAUAAGGGCGUAAUAAUAGCCCUGCCGGAUCAGCCCAGUGGCCCAUCUUAGUCCAGCAACCUGAUCUCACAGUGGCCAAGCGGAUGAAGCUUUCAAGCUGGACCUGAGAGCCUUCUCCUUGAAUUUGUCUCAUCCUUUUAAAGCUAUCCAAUUUGGUGGCCCACACUACAUCUUGUGGGGGACGAAUUCCCGAGCACUGAAUUCCCCAGCGUUCAGCCUCAUUGGGUGACUCGGAGCUCUAGUAUUAUGGGGUGGCGGUAGAGGUGGAACUUAGCCAUCAUAAGUUGGCCCUUAUCAUCUCAUUCAUUGUACUCUCGGGGGCUUUAAAAGGAGAGAGUGAUGUUGCAAUUCAAGUCUUCUGGGCUUCCCACUGCGGCAUUUCAUUAGCCUCUGUAAGAACAGGACGCUGGACUAGAUGGGUCUUUGGCCUGAUCCACCAGCCAGUCUCCUCUUGCAAGUAGCAACGAGGGAGAGCUGUUGUCUUCAAGGACUUCCUACUGGUCAGAACAGGAGGCUGUAGACUAGAUGAGCCUUUGGCCUGAUCCAGGUUCUGUCUCGCACACGCAAGCAGCAACCCAUAUUCCCCCGCUGGGGGCAGAGUCCAGAGCCUGCUUUCUUGCAGCGCUGCAGGCCCGGAAAGACAACCAAUCGGAGCUGAGCAAUGUGGAGAAGGAGCCAGGUUUUGCAAACUGGAACCGUGGCGUCGUCUUGGCAAGCCGAGCGCCGCUGCCGUCUUUCUCCCACCCUCAACCCGACCAGCGUGCCCACGGCCUCCGCAUACCCCGUUCCCUUUUUCAGGGCCGUUGCGACAUCAACCUCAAGAACAACCGCAACCAGACCCCGCUGCAUUUGGCCGUCACGCAAGGCCACAUGGAGAUGGUGCAGCUGCUGGUGAGCGAGGGCUGCGAUGUCAACGCUGAGGACGAGGACGGCGACACGGCCAUGCACAUCGUCCUGGAGAGGGAGCACCUGAUGUCCAUCAUGGCCAAGGAGCAAGAGGAGGGAGAGGAAAGCCUCUUAUCUAAGGUGUGUGUGUGUGUGUGAGAGAGAGAGAGAGAGGGAGGGAGAUUCUGAACCAAUCUCCUAGAACCAGUUGCCUAGAUCUUAGAUGUGUUUUACUGUAUUGCAUCUUUUGAAAAAGAGAACAUUGGAGGUUCUUCCCCAAGUCCAGCCAGUGGUCCCUCGAGCUCAGUGUUGUCUACACUGGCUGGCAGCCGCUUUCCCCCAGCCCUCCCUGGAAACAGGGGUUGAACCUGGGUCCUUCUGCCUGCAAGGCAGAGGCUCUCUCACUGAGCUAUAGCCCUUCCCUUAAGAGACAGGAAGCUGCCAUGUAUUGAAUCAAACCACUGGUUCGGCUCAGUAUUGUCUACACUGACCAGCAGCAGCUCUCCAGGGUUUUCAGGCAGAGAGUCUCUCCUUCCUCUGCCUGGAGAUUCCAGGGAUUGAACCUGGCUGCCUCUGCAAGGCAGAUGCUCUGCCACUGAGCUACAGCCCAUUAGAUGUAGGAAGCUGCAUUAUGCUGAGUGAGACCAUUGGCCCAUUUUGCUCAGUGUUGUCUACACUGACUGGCAGCAGCUGUCCUGGAUUUCAGACAGGGGAUAAUUCACAGCCCUACCUGGAAAUUGAAUCUGCAACCUUCAGCACGCCAGGCUUGAUUGCUCUGCCACUGAGCUACAGCUCUUCCCCGAUGCAGAGGACCGAUUAACAUGUAAAAGGGACAGUCACUCUGUAUGAAACGCAAGUUGUGGUCCAGCAGGAUCUGAAAGGCCUCAGAUCCCCAUCUACAUCCUAAUUGCGUCUAAAUUGUGUUUUAGAUACGAACGGCUGCGUUGUCUUUUUUUUUUUUGCGGGUGUCUUCUUCAGCAUGUCAUUGACACAACAGUUGUGUAUUUGCGGUGGAUAUAAACUGGACCCAUCCACAUACCAUUCUUGUGCACUAUAGCACAACAAAAGUAGGAACCCCACCCGCAAAAAAUCCAAACAUUUGUGGUGUAAAAACUUGCAGGAUUUUAGCAGUAAGUGACAGGGCAUACACUGAUUGGAAAUAAAAGCAGCAUGUCCUCCCCAAAACUUUUUCAGGUGCAAAAUAUAUAGUAGAUUGGUAUAUUUAUUUUACGUUUUUAUGGAAGCUGCUUUCUAAGGACACUUUCCCUAAAAGGGGGCUAAUGAGUAUUAUAAAUCUUUGACAACUAUAAUACAGUGGUGCCCCGCAAGAUGAAUGCCUCGCAAGACGGAAAACCCGCUAGACGAAAGGGUUUUCCGUUUUUGAGUUGCUUCGCAGGACGAAUUUCCCUAUGGGCUUGCUUCGCAAGACGAAAAUGUCUUGCGAGUCUUGAGAUUUUUUUCGCUCCCCCCCCCCUUUUUCUAAGCCGCUAAGCCACUAAUAGCCUUUUAGCAGCUAAGCCGAUAAGCCGAUAAGCCUUUAAUAGCCGCUAAACCGCUAAUAGCGCUAAUCCGCUAAGCCGCUAAUAGGGUUGCUUUGCAAGACGAAAAAACCGCUAGACGAAGACACUCGCGGAACGGAUUAAUUUCGUCUUGCGAGGCACCACUGUAUGUAUAACAAAUGAUUAAAACCAAUUUUUAUUUUUUUUACUUCUCCACCCCUCAUUUUAGCUCCAGGCCUCUGGCUUCCUUGGAAAUCUUGAGCUGAACGUGGGGGCGGCCAUCGCGUGCUACUUGGCUCAAGAAGGUGCCGAUGUCAAUUACGCCAACCACAGGGGGAAGUCCCCCCUUGAUCUCGUUUCGGACGGAAGUAUAGCGCAGCUCAUCAAGAACUUCUCCCAAAAAUUCAGGUAGGACCAACCCUAUCCUCUCCUGGUUUGACUUCUCUCCUUGACUUCAGUCUUCGUUCCAGGGCCCCCUCUCCUCAUUCUUUGUUGAAAUGGUCCAUGCCAGCUGUGACCCAACACAUUGCCUGCAAAGUAUAUGUCCUCAAAAAUCCGUGAUGCACAGAACGCUGCUCUUCCUUCUCCAUUCUUGUUUGCACUGUUCGCCCCCCCCCCUUGACUUGCCCAUGAACACCAGGACUGGACACCUGCUCUCCCUCCUGUUCUGACAGAGGGUGGAGCAUAAACUUCUCUCUGGGAGUGGCUGAUUUAAGCGCCUUCCCCUUCUAUUGAUGGGAUGGAGUUAACACACUUUGUGGCCCUCUCCCUCCCUUUCUGCCAUAGGAGCCAACUCCCAAGGGCUGUAGGGCUCCUGCCCCCACAAUAACAUAUUUGAGGGGGCUGUCCUCCCCCGCAAAAUUGAUGGGCUUUCCCAUUCGAACGAUGUGCGUGCUCUGUGUCAUGUGAUUGAUUUUGCGUGGCAGGGCUCACCUGGGCCCCCACAGUAUUUCAUUCAAGUUGGCACCCCUGCUUUCUGCACUUGUACAGGCGGCAGCCAUUUUGUGCCACGCCGCGCCCGCACGGCAGCCAUCUUGUGUUGUGCUGUGCCGCCACGACGGCCAUUUUGCGGCUGGCGCCCGCAGUGCUCUCUGUCAGCAUUCAUUACUGCGGACUCUCGCCCAGCUUCAGACCCGACGCCUAGUUCUUCUCUGUGUCUCUCCCGCUUUUGGCGUCUGCAGGGAGCAGCAGGACCCCUCAGAGAACUCCACGGUGGUGUGCAGCCAGAGGCGAGUGCACACAACCCCCAACACCAUGACCAACCUCAGCGUGGCGAAGGUGGCAGCUCCCUCCGAGUGCUUGGUCUGCUCUGAGCUGGCCCUGCUCAUCCACUUCUCCCCUUGUCAGCACAGCAUCGUGUGUGAAGGUACAAAGGGAGCACGUCAUCUUUGAUCCCUGAGGGCAUGCCUUUUCUUUUCCUGUUUGCACUUCCUCCCUGAGGUGCUGUAAAGCAAAAUUGCACCGAAAUGGGGAGAGGCCCAGGGUUCAAAUCCCUGCCUCUCAGCCCUAACCUCCAUCGCAGGGUUGGUGUAAGGAUAAAAUGGGGAGAGGGGAAAACCACGUAGGCUCCCUUGAGCUCCUUGGAGGAAAAAGGCGGGGUGUGGACGUACUAAAUAAAUAAAUCGGCACCAGUUCCAACCAUUUGCCCCUGUCCUCGUCCUUAGAAUGUUCCAGAAGAAUGAAGAAAUGCAUCAAAUGCCAAACGACAAUUACCAAGAAGCUAAAGCAAGGUGAGGACAGUUUGUUUUAAACUCUCACAUUAAGGUGUGUUGAAUUUUUCAAAUCCUAAAUUCCAGGAAAGAGGGGUGCUGAAAAGGUGUAUUUUGGGAAUUCAAAAUAUUUUUUGGCUAAAUUAAUAUAAUUUAGCUUUUCUUGGUAAGCAAAAUGCGUGUAAAAUUGCAUAGAAAUCAUUAAAAAUGAUUGCCACAUAUUUGCAGUUAUAAUAUAUUCAAUAUUAUUAUCAUUUGUUAUUAUUUAGCAUCACCUGACAUUUUCAGAGGGUAAAAUUUGGGUUUUUUGAGAGCAGUUCAUGUGCUUUUUAAUCAGAGGUGGAUUCACCAAGCUUAGAAGAUGCCCACUCACAAAAAAUAGUAGCAGAUCUGAUUUACCUCCUACCCAGAAGCAUAUUUUUAAGAUCCCCUCACUGAAGAAAUUUGCAAAAAAUUAAGUCCUGCCCCCUAAAAUGACAAACGCAAAGCAUAGAGAAUAUAGACGGGGGAAGAGGGAAAGGCCUGUAGUUCAGUGGCAGAGCGUCUCCUUCGCAUGCUGGGAUGGGAUAGAUCAGUCGGUAGAGCAUGAGACUGUUUGUCUCGGGGGUCAUGGGUUCGAGUCCCACGUCGAGCAAAAGAUUCCUGCACUGCAGGGGGGUUGGGCUAGAUGACCCUCGCGGCCCCUUCCAACUCUACAAUCCUACGAUUCUACACGGAAGGCCACAAGCUCAAUCCCCGGCGUCUCCGGAUCAGGCAGGGAAAUCUAAACCUGCCUGCAGUCAUGGGGAGCUGCUGCCGGCCCAUGCAGACAUCACUGAACCCUGACUUCCUCUCCCUCUCUUCCCUCGAACAGACAGCACGGAGGUGGAGUGCGUUUCUGGUUCGGAAUCCACCGGCCAACAGAAGCUGAUGGAAGACCUCCAGAACCGCUACCGGCAGAUGGAGGAGCGGAUCACCUGCCCCAUUUGCAUCGACAACCAAAUCAAACUGAUCUUCCAGUGCGGGCACGGGUCAUGCCAGGAGUGCAGCGCCGCCCUUUCCGUCUGCCCCAUUUGCCGGCAGACCAUCCGGGAAAGGAUACACAUCUUUGUUUGA